AUGGAGAACACCAUUGAAACACCGACUGGUGUUGAUGAGAGGAAGAGGAACCAGUCAGGAACGGCUAGUGACAAAGAGUAUGGGGUUAGGCAGACCAUGAGUUCUCAAGAUGAGAAAAGACUUGUGAGAAAGAUUGAUUUAUAUCUGAUGCCUCUUCUUAUCAUCAGCUAUGGACUUCAAUAUCUUGACAAAACCAGUUUAUCCUACAGCGCCAUUCUUGGAUUACGGGAAGACCUUAAUCUCCAUGGACAAGAGUUCAGCUGGGCUUCUGGUAUCUUCUACAUUGGGUAUCUAGCUGCCUCGUACCCUAUAUCACUUGGAUUCGUCAGGUUUCCUCUGGGACGUUAUCUCAGCGCUCUCAUUUUUCUUUGGGGCGUAGUCCUCACUCUCCACGCCUGUGCCCAGAACUAUGCCGGUCUCAUGGUGCUACGAGCACUGCUUGGUAUAUUUGAGAGUGCUAUCAGCCCUGGCUUUUCACUAAUCACCGGAAUGUGGUAUACACCCAAAGAACAUGUCUCUCGGCACUCUUUUUGGUUUGCCGGAAACGCCACCGCCAGUCUUAUCGGGUCAGGCAUCGCGUACGGCAUCCUAAAAUACACAGGGGGAUUCAGCAAAUGGAAGAUGCUCUUUCUCAUAUUUGGACUCAUCACAGUUGCGUGGUCUGUCUUUUUAUGGUUCUUCCUCCCCGACGACCCUUCGACGGCGCGUUUCCUUAACCCCACAGAAAGAGAAUUCGCAUCUUUGCGGCCAAAGAAGUUCCAGCGCACUACUCAGACCAAAAAGUGGGAUAAGUGCCAAUUUAUCGAGACCAUGAAGGACGUCAAGACAUGGUGGUUCUUGCUCUUCUCCUUUGUAAUCUGCGUGCCAAACGGUGGUACCACCAGCUUGAAUACCAUUAUUAUCAACAGCUUCGGCUACGAUGAACUUCAGACAAUCCUCAUGGGCAUGCCAGCCGCUGCCUUCCAGCUCACAACAGUCAUACUCGCCGCCCUUUUCACAACUUACAUCCGCAAGUCCAGGUUGGCUGCUAUGGUUGCAAUCUUCCUGAUGGCCAUGGCUGGAAUUCUUAUGGUCAAGCUUCUCCCCUAUGACAGGAAGAUUCCUCGCCUUGCGGGAUAUUGGCUCGUCACAGCUGUGGCCCCCGCGUUCCCUCUAAUGAUGUCCUUGUUUGCAAGCAAUACUGCCGGAUUCACGAAGAAAUCGACCGUUGUCGCCUUCAUCUUCGUUGGGUACUGUGUUGGAAACUUUGUUGGCCCGCAGUUCUUCAAGAGUACUGAGGCGCCCGGGUAUUCAACUGCAUACACCACAAUCCUUACCUGCUAUGUCAUCUCUAUCGUUAUGGCGGCUCUAUUCCGCGCCUAUCUCGGCUGGGCAAACAAGAGGCGCGAUCAGGCGCAGGGCAUACACAUUGACCCGGAGGAUCAUCGUGAGAUUGACCUUCAGGCAGAUGAAGAGCUGGACCAUGUGGACGAGACGGAUAUCCAGAACCAGAGCUUUAGGUAUAUUUUGUAA